AUGGCCUCAGCUGGGCGAGGCGCAAUAGCGAAUGAAGUUGAGGGUACUCUCCGCACCAUCUUCCGCCGCUGCGUCCAAUGUCCCGAUACCACCCCCGUCUGCCCGCCCUGUAAAUCCAACCAAAUCUGCUCCCUCGUCCCCGCGACGUGCCAAGCCUGCGCCUACAACAUCUGUAUCAACAACCCUUCACCGGCCCCAGCCAAUGCAGGGCCAAACAUCGGUGCGAUCGCUGGCGGGGUCAUCGGCGGUAUCAUCGGCAUCACCUUGCUCGUCUUUCUGAUAUGGCGCUUCUGGAUCAAGAAGAGGCGGGAGCAGCAGGAGCGGGAGAUGGAGGCGGAGGAGUGGGAGGAUCAGGUGGAGGACGAUAUCGCGCAGCAGAAGCGUAUGCAUUCUUUCAACCAUGAUGCCGCGAGCACGAGGACGAGAGGAAGCCUGGCGAACAGCAUUCUCAGCCGGGCGAGUAACAUCAUUCAGAUCGCCUACAUACCUGGCGUGACGAACCGGAAUGGAGGAACUGGGUCGGGUCACAACAGUCUGAUCGGUGGGAAUGGACCUGUGCCUCCAAUCCCAGCCGCGCAAAGACGUGGGCAGCAGUCACCGAAGAGUCCGCUCAGUAACGAAGGCGACAUGCUGUUCUUCCGUCCUGGCGACUUACGAGACAGCUCAUACUCCGCUACCUCCUCUCUGCGUUCUGUUGUGCCAGGCAACCGGGACACGACAUACACCCAACACUCCAUCACACCAUCCCUCGCACGUCUUUCCAUGGGAAGUGAAGGCUACAGAGACAGUACGGUAGAAACACCACCCGUGCCAGCCACAACCGUGGCCCGCGUCGCACCCAGAAUGGUCAGCAUCCGGACCAACUCUUCUGGAAAUGGGUCGACCGAGCCGUCCGAUUCGCCAAAGACAGAAUCUCGAGACUUUGCGGACAAAAGUCGAGAGAUCCAGAUCAUGAUGCCUGGUGAAGGUAGCGGUGCCUCACCUUCGUCCUCCAUGCGUGGAAAGGCGAAGCAAGUAACCGUAGGAGGCGCAGGUGCCAAAGGCCGUUUUCCUGUCCGUCAGCCGAGCGAUGCUAGUGUUUCCGCCACGUCGACGCUUAGCGUGGCGAGACAUGUACCUGCUAUAUCUUCUCCAUUGGCGGAAGUCGACGACUCGGACGAAGAAGAAGGUGAAGUCUCCCGUCCAUCGACCGGUCGUCCUCUUGAGGAUCUUCUAAGUGGACCUCCUCCGCCUCUGGUCCAGCCAGCCGAGUCUCCCUUCUUCGAUGCCUCCGAGCGACCUCCACCGAGCACAGGCGGAGCAGGAGGUCCGAACCCGUAUUCCUCCAUGGGAGCGAACAUCGAUCGACCGGGCCGUAGUGGCAAAGCGGCGCCUUUGAGCGAUAUUAUUGAGGAAGCCACGAAGCGUGCGAGUAGGAUACCUAGUCAUGAGGGCUUGGGCGGGAAGCGAGACAAUAGUCCAUUUAGUGAUGCGAAUAGGAUCGACUGA